AUGAAAAUUUGCGAAAAGUUGUCAAAUAUUCAUUAUUUUGGUCUUCCUAACACAUAUUAUAAAUUUCCAAUAGAAUGUCAGGACGAGGCAGAAAUCGCCGUGGGAACCGCAAUCAUCACCACAACCAGAACCACACUUUAUCCUCCGUGGCCAAGGAGACGGCGGAGUCUCUGCCAGCGGAUAGUCCGGUUCUGGCGCUGUUUAAAGCCACGGCGCAGAAGCUCACGGAGCGCCAGGACCGCCACGAGCGGCUCGUCAAACUUUCGAGGGAUAUCACCAUCGAGAGCAAACGGAUUAUCUUUCUCCUACAUUCUUCUAUAACCAAAGAAUCUGCAGAGAAAGUUCUCCAAGAGGCUAAGGAGCGAAUUCAGAAGCUGAUCCAAGGGCCUCUCAAGUCUAUUCGUGUAGAGCUUGAGGACAGCCCAGCGCAUCUGCAUGGUAGAGCUGUAACUGCAGGGUUUCAGGAGUUCAUAGAGGCAUGGACAUUCUUCACUCUCAUGGAGCGGAAGGAGAUCAUAUCAUGGAAGGAAGUGCAGAGUCAAUUGACAUAUAUGGUGGCUGCUAAGGACUCGGAGGAGGAGCGGACAGUGGUCACCAUGCUCACAUACAAUGAUUACAUGCUAGGGGUAGCAGAUCUAACAGGGGAACUGAUGCGGAAGGCCAUCAACAGCAUCUCUAGCGGGGACAGUGAGGAUUGCUUCUACGCUUGUCAAGUUGUGCGCGAUCUGUACACAGGCUAUUGCGGUCUAUUCGGCGGCGGGCGCGAGCUGGCCCGCAAGACAUCCACGACCCGCGCCAGCGUGGCCAAGGUGGAGGCCGCCGUGUACGCGCUCACGGUGCGCGGCGGCGAGGCGCCCGCGCCGCUGCUGCUGCCCGCGCCCGACCGCUGGGAGCGGGAACAUGACGAAGAUGAGGGGUUUUACUAGGUUAGCUGACGUCACGUGUUGCGGUGACAGUCAAGUUUAGCUGACGUGACGUGUUGCGGUGGCAGUCAUGUUUAGCUGACGUGACAUGUUGCGGUGGCAGUCAUGUAUAGCUGACGUGACGUGUUGCGGUGGCAGUCAUGUUUAGCUGACGUGACGUGUCGCGGUGGCAGUCAUGUUUAGCUGACGUGACGUGUUGCGGUGGCAGUCAUGUUUAGCUGACGUGACGUGUUGCGGUGGCAGUCAUGUUUAGCUGACGUGACGUGUCGCGGUGGCAGUCAUGUUUAGCUGACGUGACGUGUCGCGGUGGCAGUCAUGUUUAGCUGACGUGACGUGUUGCGGUGGCAGCCAUGUUUUGCGGGUCUGGGUGCGACGGCGGAGCGACGAGCAGCGUUACGAGGCCGACGCCCCGUAAUAACAUAUACUAAUCUAUGGACGCCCCGCUGCCCGCUAAGCAUCUUCCGCGGGUUAUAUUCCUAUUUGUCCGCGCCGAGCCCAGAUGGGAUAUUCAUAUGAAUCAUUCCUAUCUGUCGUCGAUAUUCCUGUCUGCAUGGAACGGAGACAAAUGUAUGAUCAACCUUAAAAUGCCGCUCGUCUCCCCUGCCCGCUGGCGUUGUGUCCGCGGCCUCAGAGUUUGAAAGGAUAAUUAACAAUAAUAUGAUAGCAAAUGAUAGUAGUCAAUUUGAUAAUAAUUGAUACCUUGUGUUAAUUUCAAUAUUAAUGAUAAGCAAUUGAACAUACCUAAGCCACAAAAUAAUACCGCCGAACAACGCUGUCUACUUCAGCUGAACUUGCAAUAUUUUGUUUAUACUACUUUACGUAGGUUUGUGUAUUUUUAAGAAAAAUUUGGAUUUUGUGACUUUUUUUGUAAAUUCUAGCUAAUUAAAUAUAGCCAGAAGUUGGACACCAUCUUAUUUUGCGAGUCUAUGCCAUCUAUCGAAAAGUGAUAGAAAGUGAUUUCAUGAUGUGACUGAUACUGAUAUGUAGUUAUUUAAGAUUACAGUUUAUAAAACUUGGUAUGUGAAAUUAAAAUAAAUAAAACUAAAUAUAUAUCACAA